GUGAGAGCUAGGGUUUCCUUUUAGCGGCCGAUAGCAAAGAUUAUUAGAGAGGGCUUAAGGAGGUCUUUGGGAUCUGCAGAGGAAAGCAACAAUGGUGGAUAAGACCAGCAAAGGACGAAAGGAGGAGGUCGUCACCAGGGAGUACACCGUCAACCUCCACAAACGCUUGCAUGGAUGCACCUUCAAGAAGAAGGCACCCAAGGCCAUAAAGGAGAUAAGGAAAUUUGCCCAAAAGGCUAUGGGUACAACUGAUGUGAGAGUUGAUGUCAAGCUAAACAAGCACUUGUGGAGUCGUGGAAUCAGGAGUGUGCCAAGGAGAGUUCGAGUCCGCAUUGCAAGGAAGAGAAAUGAUGAAGAAGAUAACAAGGAGGAGUUUUACUCACUAGUCACUGUUGCAGAGGUCCCUCCAGAGGGAUUGAAGGGGUUGGGCACCAAGGUCAUUGAUGAGGAAGACUGAACUGGAAAAUACUAAACCCCACUCUUAAUAUUUAGUUAGGGUAAUUCCAAUUUUGGCAUUUUUGUUGUCGUUUGUUCCAUAGAUAUUUGGCCUGGUUUGAACUACAUUGGGAAAUUUCUUCAGCAGACUGACAAUACUGUCAAAUUUCUUUAUGCAAUUUAUGUUGUUUUGCUUGUUCAAGUUUUGUGUUUUACUUGUAUCCUUUAUAGACUAUUAAUUUGGCGUGUCGUAUUACUAUUA